AUGCAACGAAGACAGGGAAGAGUCAAUGCUGGACUGCUUUUGCUGCUUUAUCAAAUUUCUCAAGUUGGACUUCAGAACAUUCCUUCUGUUACCCUUGCAGUGCUUGUACUGAAUAUUUUUCUCUUUCUGAAUCCUGUGAGACCGCUGCAUGAAGUAUGUAUCAGUGUCAACGAAGGCUUCUACAAACAGAAUUGGCAGCGCUUACUGCUUUCUCCUGUCCACCAUGCAGACGAUUGGCAUUUGUAUUAUAACAUGAUUUCCAUGCUCUGGAAGGGGAUAAUGUUGGAAAGAAAGCUUAAGAGUGUGUGGUUUGCUUAUAUAAUUGCCGUGUUUUCAGUGCUGAUUGGAGUUGUUUAUAUGGCGCUGGAAUUCAUGCUUGUGAAAAUUCUGAAUGAUCCUUCGUAUGAAAUGAAUUGUGCCGUGGGUUUCUCAGGAGUCUUGUUUGCUUUGAAAGUUCUUAACAACCAUUACAAUCCAGGAAGAGUCAGCAGUGUCCUUGGAUUGCAGAUAUCCAGCAAAUACGCCUGUUGGGUGGAGCUGGUGGCUAUUCAUUUAAUUUCCCCAGGGACUUCUUUUGCUGGGCAUCUGGCAGGGAUUCUUGUUGGACUGAUGUACACCAUGGGACCUCUGAAAAAGAUCAUGAAAGCCUGUGCAGGUGCUGUUACUUCAUUCACUGAUCCUGACAGGCCAAGAGACUACUACUCAGGUUAUUCAGAUUAUUAUUAUAGAUAUCCAGAGUAUCAAUACACAACACCAAGGAACUACUAUGAUUAUACGGGUGGGCUUACAGAGGAAGAACAGCUUGAAAGAGCAGUGCUAAACAGUCUUAAUGAAAGAGAUUUUGGUGGAGCAACAUACAAUAAUGAGCGGCGACCCUAUGGUUUUUGGUUUCCACCUGAGCAGAAUUCAGAAGAGGAAGUAAGAAGGCAAAGACUUCGUAGGUUUGACAGAAGAUGAAGUUGGCAGGUGUUGAUGUAAAUUGUAAAGUGCUCUUCAGAGUUAAAAUAUUUGCAGAUUUAUUUUAUUUUUACUAUUCAUUGCAAAACUGCAGAAGAUUUUGUGAGUUCAGGCUCCAAAUUUGAACUUGCAUAAAAAAUGAGUUGGGAAUCAAAAUGUGAUCUUUGCCAAUCUCCAUUCUGAUGUAUGUUAAAUCUGGAAGAAGACUGAUGGUUUCACCAACCUUUUUCUCUUCAAAGUUAUUCUUUGUAGCUUCAAGAAUUCAUUGGCUUUUUGGCUGCUGGUAUUCUCAGACGGCAGGGUUUCUUUAUUUUUUUCUAUGAUGGAUAAUAAUUUUGAAAUAUAAUUUUAAAACUAUGCAAUUCUUUCCUACAUAUUUCCCAUUUUUCUAUGAUGAAUAACUCUUGGGAUUGGCAUGUGAAUUGUCACUUGAAACGACUGCUUUGAUGACAACAGGUAGCUCAUAAGAGUUGGGCUUAAGCUUUUCCGCAGUUUUGCAAACUGUGAAAAAUAAUUGGAGCUAUUGUUAUCCUAAGGAGUUACGUAAUAGAACUUUUAGUGUUGGAGUCUUCCUUAAAAUGUGCCAUUUAGUGUAGAGCUUGAGUGUGACAAAACUGAGUUCUAACUACUUAUUCCCUAGAACCAACCCUAAUGUUUACCUUUUUAAUUAAAACAAACAAACAAAAACCCUUGCUUUUACAGAGUUGAAAUAACUUGUUGUUAGGAGCUUUAUGGAAAGGAAGGUGGAUAUGUCAUGAAAAUAUAUUUAUUUGUUAACUUACUGUUUUGGAAUAACUAUUUUUCCUUUUUAAAAAGGCUUAGAAAUUGUAUCAUGUGUAUGCUGUUCAUGGAGCUAUAGAAAUUCUACUGUUUCUCUGUAUGUAUCUCAUCUGAGGUCCAGUCCCCAUGCCGUCUGCAGACUUGUGGAGAUCAUACCUUAAUAUAGUUUACCUUGAGUUUCUCAUUUUCUAGAGAGCAUUUCUUGACCCAACUCCAGAGUAGCUGGCAGCAGACCAGAGAGCUCGGUUGUCGCUUUGGAUGGGACCUCUGUUGGCUGCUUGGCGCGCAGUGCCUGUCCUGUUUGUGGCACAUCUGCCUGUUCGAUGAUGUAAAUUAGCAAACCUGAAGGUUUUUUGAGUAUCUAACAUUCAGGAAAAAUAUUCAUUGCCUAGAUGUUUUUUACCUUGUAAUGGAGGAAAUCUGUCUGAAUCUGGAAACGAUCCUGUAACUCUUUUCAGUCCUGAAGAGAUGUGCUUGCACAGGAAUGAUUCCAUUAUUGUCUUUCGGCACAUAAUUCUUUGAAUCUCACCAACGCUCCUUUAGUAAAGUGUUAGGAUGAGCAAUUUAAUGUUUUUUUAUGAUGAGCAAUUUAAUGGUGAUCACCAGUCUGUGCUUUAUGAAGUCUACCUCUCUAUGGAGUUAGAGUGUAAAGCACUGUUGUAUUUUUCAUACAGAAAAGAAAGAUACUGAAACUGAAUUUGUGAUUAUGUCAUGUAAGUAGAGUACACCUUCUGGUUUUAAUUAAUGUAUGUAGGGGAAACUUUUGUUAGUUGAAAAAUUCAAAAACUGUUCUUCACCUGUGCCAUUCUCACUUUCACCAUCUGUCUUACUUAUACCUAUUGCUGAUUGUAUGCCAAGAAGCAGCAAAACAAAAAAAUUAGGCGGGGUAUGUUCAAGGCUCUGAGAGACAACAGACAUGGCUGCAAUGCGACUUUGGAUGUCCUUGUUAAGGUAAUACUAAAACACUGGUGUUAUCAUAAUGUUCUCUGGCAGAUUUGAAGUCAGUAGAUAAGUGAUGAAUUUCUGUAUCCUUGGUUUUGGUUGUUUUUCAAUAUAUGUGUGUCUUGUUUGUUAUUCUGUGGCUACUGAAUGUCCUGAAAAAAAAAAAAGCAGAUACUUGUACCUUACUGCAGACUAACUUUUCUAUGCCUUCUAAAAUUAAAUAUCAAAAAAAUGCAUAGAGUUUGCAUAUUUUGCUCAGGGUGCAAAAAUUGUGUGUGAAGAAGGACGUAGCAUUGUUUCCCCAAACUGAACUUAAUGCUCUGGUCAAAAGUUUGUGAAACUAAAACAACAGUUUAGCAGACAAGAAAUUGUUUUAAAACACUGGAUAUCACUAGUCAGUUGAAAGGGCGGGGGGGGAGUAAAACCAAGAACGUGAUUACAAAUUUAAAAGCACUUGCAUGCUUUUGUAAAGGAAGGAUUAAUACCAACCACAUGAGGAGUAACACAGGAAGUUCCUCAUACUAACAAGAGCUCUCAUUUUUAUUGCCAUAAGUAUGUCUCAUACGAAGGAUCUGUUUCAGUCCCCCUGUUCUUGUUUUGUCAAGCACAUGCAACUAAAUGCCUAUAAAAACUGUCAGUACUAAUAGUUGUUUUCACUUUUUCAUAUAAAAAAUUGAAAUAAAUUUUUGUACACUUCAAA